AGAUUCUAGAUUUCUAGGUUUAGACUAGAUUCUAGAUAUUAGAAUCUAGAUUUAGACUAAAUCUAGAAUUUAGAUCUUUUAUUAAAAUGAAAUUUUUACAAGAGAGGAUGUAAAAGCAAUCUACAAAUAAUCGCAUUCAAACAAUGCAUUUGUGUUGUCAUAUUUCCUUUGGUAUACAAGACAAUGGCUGACAGAGAUUCAGUGGAAGAUAUUGAAGAGCAAAUUAGAAGACUUCAAAAGAAAAAGGAAGAAGUUGAAUAUAAGAAAAAGCUUGAUCAUUUAAGAUUGCUGCAAGAAGAGUUAUCAAAAUCCAGUUCUUCAAGUUCCGGCUUAAAGAAUCAAAAAGAGAGCAAAACUCGAGAUAAUAGAGAAACUGAAGAUAUACUUCAAUCUCAUGAUGAUAUUUUAGCUCAACAGAAGUCUACCCGAGCAAGUUAUUCUUCACUUGGUGCAUCAAGCUCUGCAUUGGAUGAUUUAAGAGAGGAGUUUCAGAGAUCAGAUGAUUCAUAUAAUGCAGUUAACAAGUUAAUGACUCCUGAACAUAAACAAGCAAUAAGAGACAAUCGUGAGAUAUUGGUUGCAAACAUGUCGCCCGGUGACUUAUUCAAUUUUCUUAUUGCCAAAAAAAUCUUUACAGAAAGUGAUGUCAACAGGAUAAAAGACAAAAAUGGAAUUGAAUUAGUGAAUGAGGAACUGCUAAAUCUUUUAAUUAAAAGAUCUGACAGAGGUUUUUAUGUCUUUGUUGAUGCCUUACGACAAACAUUACAAGAUGGACUCGCUGACAUAAUAGAUCCACCUGAAAAAAACAGUACAAGAAAAAGAAAAAGUGGUGAAAUGCGUGUCAAUGUUGAUUGUGAGCGUGUUGUUCCAAUCAAUAAAAGAGUCAAAGUAUGCACCUGUCAGCAGAUAGAGGCCACAAUUCUGAAAAUAGCUGAAGAUGCAUAUUCCAAGAUCAAGCGAAAAGAUUGUACUCCAUCCAGUUUUGAACAAUUCAAGAAAGAGCUCCAACAAACAAAUGAACUUGUGAAGGAAACGGUUGAAGCAUAUAAUGCAAUAAAACUGGUCUGUAGUCAUGGCGAGUUGACAGAUAUAAGUAAUGGAAGCAUAAGUUUCACCAUUCGACUUUCAUCUUUAAAGGCUUGUCAAAGGCUCUGGGAUAUUUGUAACUCAGGUGUGAUGCUGGCAACAUUUCAGUCAAGUUUUGUAACACCCACCUUGCUGAGGAAGUCGGGUGCUAAAGACAUUAAACUGAGUCUGCGUGUUUGCCAGCUGGAGUAUUUAACUUGUGCAAUUGAACUUGCAAAUAGAGAAUUGCAGGUGUUAAAAUCUGCUCAGUCUGGACCUACACCAAUUAAGAGAAGAUUACGGCAGAAAAGAACCAUUGAUGAAAAUAGCUCACUGGAUAGCAAGCAAUCUUUGACUCACAUUAAGAGACAACCUUUCCAAGAAAUAUCUAUAAACAUUUCUAACUCAUCACAAGUAAUGAAAGAUAAGCCAAACAGUCUGUCACAAAAAUCUGAUCUCAAGGAGUCAAUGGCAAACUGCCACAAUGACUUUGGAAAACAGCCAUCGAACAGUGCUAACCUGUUAGCAAAUAUCACUGAUAUCCAGAAAAAUAGAACAUCUUCCCCAAAGGAGAUUGGUCUGAGAUCACGAAUAGUUAGACCAGCACAUACAAAUUUUGCAAAGUUGAAACAGAAAAGAGACAGACAUAUUGUUGCUGCCAGUUCUUCAGAAAAUUUUACUAGUGUAAAUAACAGACAUUUAAAACACGAGGGUCUUGAUAUUUCUCCGUGGAAAAAUAUGUGCCCAUACAAUUUACGCUACAAAAUUAUAUCUCUAGAAACUGGAAUAUCUUAGAUUAUUUUGCAGGAUUCUUAUAAACUUUUUAUAAGCAAUAUUUUUUGCAUAGACAGUUAACGUUUAUUGUACUGACCUCCAUUAGAAGUCAUUUGUAAUAAUAAAAUAAAAAUCUUUAUAAUAAUCUUAUAAUAAUGCACUAAAAAUAAAAUUGAUAUCUUUAUUUAGAGCUUUAAUCACUCAAAAGCUUUGAUUAGAGAAAGCAAGUUUUUUUUAUUUUCAGUGCAUUUAAAAGCUUAUUAAAAAGGCUUUUAUAUUUAUUUUCCACUUUUUAGUAAUCUUUUACUAAAUAAAGAGGCUUUGACUAAAAAUUCCUUAUGUUAAAGCCCCAUUCAGUAGCUCUAAAUCAUUAAAAGACAAUUAUCUGCUACUUCUUAGUCCAUGACCAUGCAAUAAAAUCACUCAGCUGUAAAAAAAGUUCAGUUUACCUCUGAUGACCAUCUGAUUGUAAUAUCUAGAGUAUUUUAUAUUAUCUCCCCUUUUAAAUAAAACUGAACUUAGUAAAUUAUUAAAUUAAAUUUUAAUGACUACCCUAAUGUCUAGUUAGAUUAAUAAAUAGAUAUUUUUGCAUUUUCACUGGAGACAGAUGUAUCUGGAAAGCUAGAAAAAAAAAAUCUCUGCAAGAAUUGCCACAUCUCACAGAUAGGCAUUUUGAACGAACUAAAAACUUAUGCCUGUAUUAAAAAUGUAUACUGUUAAAAUAUAGAGAUAUGGUAUAACAUUUUUAAAAAGCUAUUGUUCUCUUUUGGUGUUACUGCCCACAAAUGUAUUUUUAAAUAUGUAUAUAUACAUGAUGCUUUACAAGUGCCUUUAAGUUUUAUGCAAGUCAUUUUUAUAUAUGCAAAGAUUUGAUGAAUUCUGUUUUUAAAAAAAAAAGUAAAGUUCUUGUAAUUUAAUAAACUAAGCUGUGAUGUUUUAAGAUUUUUAGACACCUGAAAAAUCUCUUGUUCAAAAAUACAAUUAUUAAUAUGAAAGAAGCAUUCUUAUGGGGCUUAGAUCUAAUUGUUGUAAUAUUUAUGCAAGUAACCAGGAACAAGUUUGACUUCAAAAAUAGUUUCAAAACCUUCAACUCUAAAACGUUUAUUUAUGGCUUUUAAUAAGUGCAGAAUUUUUAACAAAAUAAUUACAUGUACAUAAUAUUUUUUACUUUUAGGGCUUGACAAUACUUAAUUUAAAAUCAAGCAAGCUGUAGAUUUUUAAUUAUUUUAGAUUGUUUUAUUUCUUUUAUUUUCCAAUUAUUGUUUUAUGCUGUUUUGACUCUCUUAUAGUGAUAGGUAAUCAUCAGCCUGUGCUUUAGCAUUUCAUUGAGUCGGUAAAUUUCUUUUGUUAAAACCAUUCUUCUAUACCACCGAGGCAAGAACAAAUUGUAUAUAUUUUUAAUAGUGUGUUUGAAAAUUGCAUAUGCGUUAAGUACCAGUACUUAAUUUAAAGUUAAUAAAAAGUACUUCAACUACA